AUUUUUCAAGUUUAAACCGAAUUUUAGUGGGAAAUGGAUGGGGAUAUCUCCAACUGAUGAACUUGAAACCAUAAAGAACCACUAAUUUCAAGCCGGAACUGUAAGCGCUUCAGUAACGAGUCUACUUGUUAAAGCUUCUCGAUAAACUAUUAUGAGUUUCUCCAUCAUUUUUGCCGUCUCUCAACCUGUUCAAUCCAUUGUCUUCCCUCCACGAACACCCAAUUACCAGAUAAGGACUUCAGCUUUAACAAUAACACAUUCUGCUACCCAAAAAGCUAUUGCAACCUCCGGUAUCAAAAUUCCCAAUUCGGUUAAAGUUGAUAAAACUGAUUCCCAUCUAGAAAUUCAGCCGCUUGUUGAUCUUCUGCGUGGUUGUGUGGAUGCUAGGUUUCUGAAACAAGCCAAAACUGUUCAUGGGUUUUUGUUAAAAUCAAAAUUUUCCAACCACGAUUCUCUGGUCUUGCUUAAUCAUGUUGCUCAUGCUUAUUCGAAAUGCUCCGAUAUCGAUGCUGCCUGUAGAGUGUUUGAUCAAAUGUCUCAGAGAAAUAUAUUUUCGUGGACUGCCAUAAUUGCUGGAUUGGCUGAAAAUGGUUUGUUCCUUGAUGGGUUCGAGUUCUUCUGUGAAAUGCAGAGUCAGGGAAUUUUCCCUGAUCAUUUUGCUUAUUCUGGUAUAUUACAGAUAUGUAUUGGCCUGGAUUCUGUUGAAUUGGGAAAAAUGGUGCAUGCCCAGAUUGUUAUUAGAGGCUUUACGUCUCAUACUUUUGUGUCUACUGCUCUUCUUAAUAUGUAUGCGAAAUUACAAGAGAUUGAGGAUUCAUGCAAGGUGUUUAACACCAUGACUGAAGUUAAUGUAGUCUCAUGGAAUGCUAUGAUCACAGGGUUCACAUCAAACGGUUUUUACUUAGAUGCUUUUGAUCUUUUUCUCAGAAUGAAGGGGGAAGGAGUAACACCCGAUGCACAAACGUUUAUCGGUGUUGCAAAAGCUAUUGGUAUGUUGAGAGAUGUAAACAAGGCAAAAGAAGUUAGCGGCUAUGCUUUGGAGUUGGGUGUGGACUCUAAUACUCUUGUGGGAACUGCCCUUAUUGAUAUGCAUUCUAAAUGUGGAUCUUUGCAAGAGGCAAGAUCUAUCUUUAACUCACAUUUUGUAACUUGUCGGUUUAAUGCACCGUGGAAUGCAAUGAUUUCAGGGUAUUUACAGAGUGGGCUUAAUGAGAAGGCCUUGGAAUUGUUUGCUAAAAUGUGUCAAAGUGACAUACAUUUGGACCGUUACACUUACUGUAGUGUUUUUAAUGCUAUAGCUUCUUUGAAGUGUUUGUUGUCGGGAAAGAAGGUUCAUGCCAGAGCUAUAAAAUCAGGAUUGGAAGUGAAUUGUGUAAGUAUCUCCAAUGCAGUGGCUAAUGCGUAUGCUAAGUGUGGAUCACUGGAGGACGUAAGGAAGGUCUUUAACAGGAUGGAAGAUAGAGAUUUGAUAUCUUGGACUAGCCUAGUGACUGCUUAUUCUCAAUGUUCUGAAUGGGAUAAGGCAAUAGAGAUCUUCUCAAAUAUGAGAGCAGAAGGUUAUGCACCCAAUCAGUUCGCCUUUUCUAGCGUGCUUGUUUCAUGUGCUAACCUUUGCUUACUUGAGUACGGUCAGCAAGUCCACGGGAUCAUUUGUAAGGUUGGCUUGGAUAUGGACAAAUGCAUAGAAAGUGCGCUGGUUGACAUGUAUGCCAAAUGUGGUUGCUUGGCUGAUGCGAAGAAGGUUUUCAAUAGAAUCUCUAAUGCUGAUACAGUGUCGUGGACUGCAAUAAUAGCUGGCCAUGCUCAACACGGUAUUGUCGAUGAUGCCCUUCAACUCUUUAGAAGGAUGGUGCUGCUAGGUGUGGAGCCCAAUGCUGUUACUUUUUUGUGUGUUCUAUUUGCAUGUAGCCACGGUGGUCUGGUAGAAGAAGGCCUACAGUACUUCAAGCUAAUGAAAAAAACUUAUGGUUUGGUGCCAGAGAUGGAACAUUAUGCCUGUAUCGUUGAUCUCUUAAGUCGUGUGGGUCGUCUAAACGAUGCAAUGGGAUUUAUUAGUAAGAUGCCUGUAGAGCCCAAUGAAAUGGUUUGGCAGACCUUGUUGGGGGCUUGCAGGGUCCAUGGUAAUGUUGAAUUGGGAGAGCUUGCUGCUCAGAAGAUACUUUCUUUCAAAGCAGAAAACUCCGCCACCUAUGUUCUUUUAUCCAACACCUAUAUCGAAUCAGGGAGUUACAAAGAUGGACUUAGUUUGCGGCAUGUGAUGAAAGAGCAGGGGGUAAAAAAGGAACCUGGAUUUAGUUGGAUCUCUGUGAAUGGUACAUUGCAUAAGUUUUAUGCAGGUGAUCAACAACAUCCGGAAAAAGAUAAAAUUUAUGCAAAGCUAGAAGAGUUGAAGUUGAAACUCAUUUCUUUGGAUGAUGUACCAUAUUUAAGUUAUGAGCUGUAAGAUGUGGACCUUGGUUAAGUUAUACGGAUAUGGUUGGAAAACCCGGUCCCUUCGACCAAGUCUCUAUGGAGGAGAACAAAAAUAACAUCAGCCAAAGAUAACAAAUUAAACAGUGAAAGGCAAAUUGGUGCUUAAGAACUAAAUUUGGGGGUAAAGGAUAUGGGACUUACAGAUAUGAUUGUCUGCAUUAUUCAUCUCCUGCAGGUUCUGAAAUAUGUAUGAUGAUGUACUGCAUUAGAUAAGGAAGAAUAACGAUUCAAGUUAGGGGAAUGAUAAAAAGCGCCACGGAUCAUGCUUGGUUCUGUGAAGAUCUCUUACUUUUUGACAAUAUGAUUGCUUUAUUGGGUGAAGGCUAUCCGAAGUUUGACCUCUUCUAUAGUAAUGCAUUGUUAUGGUGUGCUAAUAUGGAAUCAUAGAGCCUUUCUGCUUAUGAUUUUUACUGGGGUCUACUGAACUUGUCAUGUUCGAAGUAGUAAAAUUUAUCAUUUCAUUACAUAAAAAUAAGUUUUGGAGAGAAAUUUCUCAAAUUCAUCCAGCAGAGGAAAUGAAGAUAUUUCCCUUUUCUCUCUCCCUCUGAUUUAUUUUUGUUUUAACUCUCUAAAUUUGUCUUUUAUCCUUCCUUUUUUUUCCUUGGAAACGUGGCCUAGUUGUUUUAUUUCCUGAAUUCUAUUUAUCACGCCAAGAAUCUGUUUACUAUUUCUCCCGUGAAUUAGCUGAAAUGAGUUUACUGUUUAUAUUUUUAUUAUAGCAUUUUCCAUUUUUACCAUAAGAGGAAUUAGAUUGCUUUUCAAUUAUUUCUUUCAGCUGCAGUGAAGUGCUAACUGAAAUAAAAUACUUUUGACAUGAUCUCUCAUAAUCAUAACUAAUCAGUAUGCUUCUUCUUCCCACCAAUAAACUCACUAACUUCUUGGGGUGUAAUAUGAUUGAUCUAUUAUGCAUUGAAAUGAAACCACCACUUCAUGAGUUGCUUCUUUUCUCAGGCAGACAGGUAAAAAAACUACUCUACUACAAAAAACAGUGUCUAUUCUUAGAUAAUGCAUUUAGUGAGUUAAUCCUUAUAAUCUUUACCUUUAGAAAGCAUCACAAUUGAAACUUAGGUGAAUCAACCUGACUUGUAUGACUUUGAUAGAAUCUAAUGUGUAAUUUUACUGACUUAAACUGUUGUUGUUGGAGUAGGGAAAGGAAAGUUAUAAUGCAAGGAAUGAAGGGUUGGAUGGUGAAGUUAUGAAGCAAAGAGGAAGAAGAAAGGCUCCUGGUUUAAAGGAGGAGGAGGAAUGAAUUGCAUGGGGGAGAGGGCAAAAAAUAUGUGCCUUCCAGAGACUAUCCAAAAACCAAUAACGAGACACAACAGUUGAAAGGCUGUUUUUAUGAAAUGUCUUGUGGGUAUGGCCCUCGCCAGUGUUAGCUUGUUGUUGUUGUGCCAUUAUAUGUGGUCCUUUUGCUGGAUUUAUAUGGCUGGUUCCUUAACAUGUGAAGAAGAUGGGACAAGCAACUUCCAGUGAGCAUAUAUAUAUAUAUAUAUAUAUAUAUAUAUUUAUAUAUUUAUAUAUAUAAUUGAUGAAUUAAGAGAGAAGGAAAUAUUGUAAUGAAAAUCUAUGCAUCUUCAAGGCCACAAACCGCCCCCGUGACUUAAAAUGUUGAAAUCUUUCUGUCAACAUCAGUGAGAGGGUAAACAUAACAACAAUAUGGUACGUCUCCUAACUUAAUGCUAUGAAUUUUGUUGCUACUUA